AUGGCUGCUUUGUGUUCGUUCCAAAUGUGUAUUCAGCGAAUAAUUAAAAGUGAUUUUCAAAAUGUGCGAUAAAAUAGAUAAAGUGAUAAUAACAUAACAAAUUGUGUACGGUUGAGUGUCUGUGUUUGAAGUUACUGGAGGAAACAACACGAUACGCGAUGUCGUUUGAAACCGUUUCUGAAAUUAGGGGUAAAGAAAUCGAUAAAAUUAAACGUCGUAAUAAACCAAACGACUGUGUUAUUGCAUCAACGCUUACUACUACAGGCGACGAUACAUUCCACUGCAACAAAAUGGAUACAAAAGAUCUGGAAGUCGGCAAGCCCACAGAUUUGUGUCUUCAAGGCAAUUCUCAUUUGGUAUCUAGCACAACCAGUAGUUUGGCGGAUACACCUGGUGAUUCUGGUGUGUUGUGCCUCGACAGCGAGGCUUCCGAGGCGACGAGUCAGGCGUUAAUGUCUCACAGCUUAUUAGGAACAGAGGAAUUGGCGUGCGACAGUAUUUACGACGCUGUUCCGUCCUGCUCGCAAGAUAUGAUAAAAAGUACGAGUAGCAGCAUAAUGACGCGAAGUGAUAUCGACAAUCAGAACGUAACCGACGACACCGUGCCCGAACUCCUCGUUGAGGCUCAUAAAAAACCACCUUACGAAAACUUACCUGAUGUCGUUUUAAAGGCAUUAGAAAGUGAAAAAAUAAGUCCCGCCGGUGUCACUGAAGUAAAAAAAUCUGCUCUGAGGACUUCAGAACCAAAGAAAUCCCUGUCAGAGGACAUUGUCUACAGAAGGAGAUGCAGAAAGAAAUCACAAAAUGCCUCAAGCUCUCAAAAAAAGAGGGUGUCCUUUCAUGAAGACAUAUUGAACAACACGAGGACAGAUAAUAUACAUAUUGAACGCGGCUUUAUUUCUUAUGGACCAGAUAGUUCUUACUGUGAUAGGUUUAGGCAAAAGAAUAAUAUAAUGACUGACAGGUUUUCCUGGUGUGCUUCAGGAGACAAAACUCCAAAAUAUGCUGCAGACGUAGCUCAGCAGACUAUGUCUGACAUCCUAACUUAUGGUGACUCCAAACAUGACAGAAGUGGGAUCUUCGAAUAUUGUCAUGACUCUGAACGAGACAACCAAAACAAUAAAGACCGAGACAAUAAUAAUGAGACUAAGCCAAAGGGUAAACUGUAUAAUUGUGACUCCAACAGUUCUGAUUCCAACUUCAGCUGUGAUUCAGAAUCAUCAUCUAGUGAUUCCUCCUCGUCACAUUCAAACAAAACAGAAUCAUCACCAGUGAGGAGAAAAUGUGACAAAACUCAGAAGUCCUACUCCUGUGAUGGAUUUGAAAAUAAUGCACAUGUUGCAUUCAUGAGAAAAACUUACUUUUCUGAGGCUGAUAUUGAUCAAAACCAGGAGCAAGCAAAGAAGCCUUUAGAGAUAACACAGAGCCCGAUCAAUGUUAAAUCUGUGCUCAAAAAGAAAAGAUACAUCACAACUAAUGUUGUUGAGGAGAAGAAGCAGAAUAAUAAAGUAUUAAAUCUCUUAGAUGCUAAUAAUAUCAUAGACUCUUUGAAAAAUUUCUACAAAAAUUUCAAUUUCAAUCUGGCACCUGCAAAGGGUUUGACUGAAACGAGCUUAGAACUGAACAAUGUGGUGGAGGCACUACCGUGUGAUUUGAAUCAAAAUAAGAAACUAUCCAAGAGUCUGGACUCAGGCUUUCAAAUUGAUGAUGAGGAUGAUUUUGUUGAAAUAAACCUGAACUGUAAACCACUGGAUAAUGAAAAGUCCAUGCUGAGCCCAUCCUUAUCAAAAAAUCCUAUUGCUGGCAAUAGAACACCAAAUGAAGGUUCACCGAGACAUAAAUUAACGCUGAACAUGAAGUCUGACAAUGAUAAGAAACUCAAUAAAGCUGAUGCUUUCCCACCAUUAGGCAAAUAUGUGGUUAAUUGCGAAAGUACUGUUUAUGAGCAUAAAGGAGUUUCAUACAGCUACGUCCAUGACACAUUCCAAACAGCUUUUGAAGCUCCUAAAGAAACAUUUGUGCCCAUUCCGGAAUCAACACCCAUAAAGGAAAUUUCAUUGAGUUCUAGCAAACAGGAUUUCACUUCCAAUCAAUCUGAUACAGCAAAUUCGAGCAGAACGUCUACCCCUAAGAGACAGUUCAGCAAAAAUAUCCAAGACGAAACCGAGUUAAAGAAUGGCAUUUCAAAACAUUUAUCUUCGCCAAAAAAACAAAACGUCAAUAGGUAUAGUCGCAAAUCGGCAUCUACUGUACAAAAGAAUGAUGAAAUUGUACAGUCAAUUAAUGAUAAUUGCUCCAACGGAGACAACUCAACCUUGAAGGGCGUCGAUGAUUUCAAUGAUGACUUUUUCGACAGCCCCUCGAAUCAAAAACUACAAUCUAACAAGUCCGCCUUACUGAAUAGGUACUUAAAAAAUGUCUGUCAACGUAAGGACUUGGAGACAAAGAUUAAAAACAACAAGUUUUUCCAACUCAAGAUGAGGCUGGAGAAACAUUUCCCAAGCAUCAUAUAUCCAUUCAAACAGGUGUCGGAAACCUUUCACAUCUCCGCCGCAAGAAUGGCGCGACUCAUUGACAAAGAAGUGAUUGAGAACAAAAGGCUUUCCGUCCGACUACUAACAGCUGACGAGCCUUCGUACUUUGACAGCUUUGAAGACAAUGUGGCUAUUGAAUGCAAUGAAAAACUGAGAUUACAAAUAUUCUCCUAUCCGAAUGAAACUUUGCAUAGGAUGAUGAAAGUCCAAUCACCAUAUAACAUGGAAGAUGGUUCCUGGACACCGCUUCUAGUGUUUAUAACCGACUACGCCCUGUAUGUAGCUAGUGUGAAGCCCGACGGUACUGAAUAUGUUAUACUGUGCCGGUUACCACACGAUCAACUGGACGCUAUAGCGGUGGGUCCCGAAGCCCAGUACAUCCAGGUGAUCGACACAGCCGGCAACAUAGCCUGUUCCGUGGUCACUGGAGAGUCCUUCCUCGGAGCCAAGCUGGCUUCCUCCCUGGAAUGGAGUGCGAGGACCUCCCCGCUCCGCAUCAAGAGACCUCCAGCCAUGAUACCCUUAGACUGUUACCACUUGGCAUGCGCGGUGACACGACAGAGGCAUGAGAAGAAGGUACCGAAGAUCCUGUUCUACGGGCGCGCGUGUUCGGGCGACGCGGAGGCCGCCGCCGAAGCCCCCGGCGCCUUCGCCCCGCCGCUCGAGGGCUACCUCAUGUGUAAGACCGAGAAGAGCCGCCGCUUCGAGCCCUGCUAUUUCCUGCUCAGGGCCGGAGUCCUCCACUGGGGCCCCCACAGUCCGGACGGGUCGCCCCUGCCCAACAACAUCGCGCUACGCUCCGUCAUUGGGGUCAGGCGACACGUGGACGCGACGCGGCGGCCGCACUGCUUCGAGAUCGCGCUGCGCGACCGGCGGCUGCUGCUCGCGGCGCCCGACGACCCCACCGCCUCGUCGUGGCUGCAGUCGCUGCUGCUUCACGCGGCACAGGCUCUGGAAGACAAACAAGAGGUGCGGGCGACGGUAGGGGCGCGGACGGCGGCGUGCACGGUGCUGGUGGCGGGCGGGGAGGUACUCGCCGCGCGCGACCCCCUCGACCUGGCGUUCGUGCGCGGCGCCGCCCCCUACCUGCGGCAGGCGGGCGCGCACGCACAGCUGGCGGAAUACAUGGAAGAGAUGAGAGCCGAUAUCGAGAUAUUAGCGUGCGGUUCGAUCAAGAACUUAACAGCGUUGAAGAUACCCGACACGGAGGAAAACUGGUGCUGCUUGGAAUGGAGCGUGUGCGAGGCACGCGAGCGCGGGUCGGGGCUGGCGCUCGUGUGGGCGAGCGGCGCGGAGCUGGAGCGGUUUAUUGCUGCGCUCGAGUGCGCGUACUCGGAGCUCACGAGCGAGCCGUUCCCGCUGAGCGUAGUCGACGCGUCCAAAUACGCGUGCAGCGCCGCGCACGCAAAGUACGAGACCGCGUGGGCGCACAUGUUACCUUCACACCAGUAAACCAACAUUAUAUUAUAAUCCGUUUAGAGUUAUUUUACGAAUAUUCUAUAAAGUUGAGACUGCAGUGACAAUAAAGUAUAAACUGCAGCGGAGCAACGCGAUAUUCACAUUUCAUAGAAGUGAUGUUGUGUCGCGUAUCGUCGCUGCCGCGUAGUGCGGCUUGCCUCAUAUUAUUAUGAUU